CGCCAGCAAAACCAAAACCAAGAAGAAACAUUUUGUCUGUCAGAAAGUCAAGCUGUUCCGAGCCAGCGAGCCCCUCCUCAGUGUGCUCAUGUGGGGGGGGUCAACCACACGAUCAAUGAGUUGAGUAAUGUUCCAGUUCCUGUUAUGCUGAUGCCAGAUGACUUUAAAGCCUACAGCAAGAUCAAAGUGGAUAACCACCUUUUCAACAAGGAGAAUCUCCCAAGUCGUUUCAAGUUUAAGGAAUAUUGUCCCAUGGUGUUCAGAAAUUUAAGAGAGAGGUUUGGGAUCGAUGAUCAGGAUUAUCAGAACUCUUUGACCCGCAGUGCUCCUGUAAACAGUGAAAACCAGGGACGGUUUGGAUCUCGAUUUCUUACUACAUUUGACCGGAGGUUUAUUAUAAAGACGAUAUCUGGUGAAGAUGUUGCUGAGAUGCACAAUAUUCUGAAGAAAUACCACCAGUUUAUAGUGGAGUGCCAUGGUAACACUCUGCUUCCUCAGUUUCUUGGCAUGUACCGGCUAACAGUUGAUGGGGUUGAGACCUACAUGGUUGUCACAAGGAAUGUGUUCAGCCACCGUCUUGGGGUUCACCGCAAAUAUGACUUAAAGGGUUCUACUGUGUGCAGAGAAGCCAGUGAUAAGGAAAAGGCCAAGGAUCUGCCCACAUUUAAAGAUAAUGAUUUCUUAAACGAAGGACAAAAAUUGCAUGUAGGCGAAGAGAACAAGAAGAUAUUCCUUGAAAAGCUAAAAAGAGAUGUGGAGGUGAGAGAUGACACUUAUUAUUGA